GCAAGCACAGUAGCAGUUAAGAUUUCAUCCAUUGCAUCUUUAGGACAUCUCUUCCGGGUUGGCUUCUUCAGUGGAUGAAGACCUUGUAAUAUGGUUAAAAACACAAAAGCUACUGUGAAACUGGGAGCCCCAGAAUGGACCUGGAGCAAACCAUUGCUGCCUUGCUGUCGAAAAACGAGCAACUCGGGCAAGAAAAUGAUCAUCUGAAGUUGAUGCUAAAUGUAGUCAAGGAAAAUAGAGACCUGAGAGCCAGGAUGCAGAGCUUCAACAAUGAUAAUCUAGACGAUGUAACAGCUUGCUCACCAUCAGGAAGAAAACCAUCCAGUCUGUGGCAAACCACCAUUGAUGAGGGACACUUCGGAAAAGACUUGAAACAAACCAAAUCCAAACAGGAGCCGCGAACCUCAUCCCCCACUGACUUCAAUUCUUUCAUACAAAGCUCGGUGCACACAGACACAAGUGAGAAAGCAAAGUCUCUUGCCAGUCCAGACAGGCUGCUGGGAGAGAUUGCUUACCAACUGGAUAGGAGGAUUCUGUCUUAUGUCUUCCAGGGCCAUAAGAGGCUUUAUGGUUUCACACUGCUCAAUAUACCAGGCAAGAUUGUAGAGGUUAGCACACAUCCACUGACAGGGAUGGUGGAUGAAGGCUAUCGGCUUCAUCUCACACAGAGGUAUGCUGACCUCAUGGAGAGGUUGACCCAGCUUGGGUAUGAAACCACACUUCACCCUCCUUUCACGGAAUUUAUUGUCAAUGCUUACGGGAUCCUGAAGGAGAGGCCUGGUGAAUACAGCCCUCAGGCGAUGGACUACAAUAAUCCAGUCCUCCUGAGGAGGCUGAUAGUGACCACAGCACCCGGAAAACUUCAGAAGGACCUGCUGCUUGUGCUCACCUGCCUCUGCAACAUGGCCGAGAAGGAUAGAAAGCCUCUUCUUCUCUGGUAGAAAUGACUGUAUUCAAAGACAUACCAAAUUUACAAGCUUACACCAUCCACAA